AUGCAAUAAAAAACUUAUGAAACAUACAAUUAUGAAUGUGAAUUUUGGAGUACUAAAGAUAAUCGAUUCCUAAAAACCCAAAUUUAAAUAAUCAUCUCUAAAUCGAAGGAAAUCAAGUAUAUAUAAGAUGGACAAAUCCUAAGAAUGUAUUGAAUUCAUUUUUCAAUAAACUUAGUGAUUAGUUUACUGAUUUUAGAACUAAACCAGAUAUUUUGAAGAAUUUAGAAUAGAUCAAGUUUCUUAAAUGGCAAGGGAGAUAUGGAUAAUGUUUUAAGAAAGUUGAUAAAUGGAAUGUAAUUUGGAAUGGAUAAAAUUUUUCACAAAUUGGUGGAUAUUACUCUGAUUAAGGGGAAAAGUAAGGAUUAUGGAUGGAAUUAAUCAAGAAUUUUUAGAAGUGAGCUAUUAUUUGUUAUUAUAACUAUUAGUAAUGCCAAAGCAUACGAAUUCGGAGAAUAUAUUAAUAAUAAGAGAGUAGGUACAUGGAAGCAAUUCUACUAAGAUAAACAACUGUAUAUAAAUAUGCUUUAUAUAUCAUUAAGUGGCGUUGGUAAUUAUAACGAGUAAGGUUAAAGGGAUGGAAAAUGGACUUAGUUGAGCGAUUACUUCUUUAAGUAUUGAAUUGAUUCAAUCAUUUUUUUUAAGUUAAAAGUAAGUCAUAGAUGAAGGGGAGUAUAAAAAUGGUAAAAAAGUUGGGUUAUGGAAUAUUUAUUAUGAAAAUUUAUUAAUGUAGGUUAUAUUUUAUUAACUUUUAAUAAAAGUGGUGGUGGAUUAUAUGAUUAUGAGAGAAGAGGUGAAAGUUUAGGAUAAACUAAGAUAGGGAAAUGGAUUGAAUUGAGUGUGGGAUUUUAUGAGUAUUAAGUUUAUUAAUUUGAAUAUAUUAGCUGGAGUUAAGUUACAUAUGAAGGCUAAUAUAAAAAUGGUAAAAGAUUUGGAAGAUGGAAUAUUUGGUUUAAAAAGAAUUAUGGAGAUAAGAAUAUUGAAUUAAUGUAGUUAAAUUUAAGAUAUUUAUUAUAAAGAGGUGGUGGAUUAUAUGAUUGUGAGCAAUAAAAUGAUGGUUUAGGUGCAUUGAAAAUUGGAACAUGGAUCGAAUUAAGUGAUGGGUUUUAUUGGUAUUAAAUUAUUAUAGAUUAUUUUUAUAUCUUAUUAGUAAUAAUUAAAUCACUUACUCUGGUGUUUAUAAAAAAGGAUUUAAGGUUGGUAGAUGGGAUACAUUUAAUCAGAAAAAUUAUAUGUAAGUUUAGUAUAAAAUUGAUUAAAAAGUGGUGGUGGAGUGUAUGAAUAGAAACUAGAAUAUGAUGGAAUAUGCACAAAUAAAGUUGGAAGAUGGAUAGAAUUGAAUGAUGGAUUUUCUUGGUAAUAUAUUAAAAUGAUUUUGAACAUUAGUUUGGGUUAAGUCAUUUAUAAUGGUGUUUAUAAAAAUGGUAAAAAAAUUGGUAGAUGGGAUAUUACUUUUACAUAUGAUGGGAGGAUUGAUUAAAUGUAUGUUUGAUAUUAUUUAUUUUUACAAAAAGUGGAGGUGGAUUUUAUGAUGAAUAUUAAGUAGGUAAUGCUGCAUAAGUUUCAAUUAAAACAGGAAGGUGGAUUGAAGAAAGUGAUAGAUUUGAUAUGUAUAUAAUUAAUUAUUUAGAAUAUUUUAGAUGGAGUUAAGUUGUUUAUGAUGGUGAAUAUGUAAAUGGAAAAAAAAUUGGAAAAUGGAAUAUCUUGUUUAGGAAAUAUGGAGAUAAUUAGAAAUUUGAAUAGAUGUAAAUAGAAUAUUCAUAUUUUCUUAAAAAAGAGGUGAAGGAUUUUAUAGUGAAAAAUAAGAAUGUGAUGGAUUAUUAGGAUCUAUUAAGAUUGGAAGAUGGGUAGAGCUUUUUGAGAGAUUCGGGAGUGGGAAUUUAUUAUAAUAGAUCGUUUAUAAUGGAGAAUAUAAGAAUGGAUUUAAAAUUGGUCGUUGGAAUACUUUAUAUAGGGGAGAUACAGAAAUUCAAUUUUAAUAAAUGUAUUUAGUUUAUUAAAUAUUAAAUCUAAUUAGUGGUGGAGGAUCAUAUAUUGACAAACAAGGAUCAACAAAGAAUGGGUAGUGGAAAGAAUUGAAUGAUAAUUUCUAAAAUGACUUUUAAUAAUCCUAAAUCAUAGAAAAUGGUCAUUAUAAAAAUGGUAAAAAAGUUGGUAAGUGGGAAGUUAUGGAUUUUAGUAGAAAAAAUAAAAUCAUGUAUAAUAUAAAACCAAUUUAAAUUUAGAGAUUAUAAAUAUUAUCAUGA